AUGAAGACAUUUCUGCCCCUCCUUGUCCUGCUGGCCCUGUGCCAGCCUGCACUCGCCUUCUGGAACUACUGUGGCACCUGCGGGUUCCGGCCCAUGGCCUCCUACCAUGGGACCUCGCGCGUCGUGGGUGGCGUCAGCGCCCAGCCAGGGGCUUGGCCCUGGAUCGUCAGCAUCCAGCAAGCCGUGGGAGCAGGAAUGGGGCACAUCUGUGGAGGGUCCCUGAUCAGCUCCCAGUGGGUGCUCACAGCAGCCCACUGCUUCGUGGGGACCGGCCGCACCUACUACGUUUUGGCCGGGAUCACCUACUUCAACAAGCCAGGCCCCGAGGCCCAGCUGCGCCACGUCAGGAGGAUCCUGCUGCACCGAGGCUAUGACAACGACACCAUGAGCAACGACAUCGCCCUGCUGGAGCUGGACCAGCCUGUGCAGUGUGGCUACCAGGUGCAGCUGGCCUGCGUGCCCGACGCCUCGCUGCACGUCGCAGAGCUCACCAACUGCUGGGUCAGCGGCUGGGGGGCCACCAGGGCCAGAGCUGGGGAUUUACCACUUGGGCUGCAGGAGGCCAGAGUCUACCUCAUCGACCUCAACAUCUGCAACAGCAGCCACUGGUAUGCAGGAGCCAUCCACAGCCACAACCUCUGUGCUGGCUACCCCCAGGGUCGCAUCGACACCUGCCAGGGUGACAGUGGUGGUCCUCUGGUGUGCCAGGCCAAAAACGCUGACUACUUCUGGCUGGUGGGGGUGACCAGCUGGGGAACAGGCUGUGCCAGAGUAAGGAAGCCUGGCAUCUACACCUCCACCCAGCACUUCUACAGGUGGAUUCUGGUCCAGAUGGGACUAUACCCGUGCCUGGGCUAG